GUUCUUCUUCUACUUAAUACACUGCUUGGGGCCGGGAUAGUAACCAACCUGCCAUGGGCCAAUGGAGGAGGAGUAUGGCUGGAUUUGCAAAGCAGUGGUGCUCAUUAGAUCCAAAGAUGGUGGGCAGCACGAUGUUGACGGUGUACUUGGGAGCCGUCAACGGACUCUUGUACGUUGCCACCGACCAGUAUAUUCCAAGCUUGCCCCGCAUGGAAGUGGAAUUGUCCGGAUCUGAGACAAUUCUUUCUGGUUCGGUGCAGUUGAAUCUCCUUUCCAAGGCUUUUGUAAGCCUUCUUGUGGCGCCCUUGUCCGAUCAGAUUGGAAGGAAACCCAUCCUAUUGACAUGUGCAAUACUGAUGAUCUUGGGGUCGUUUGGCUGUGCCCUGGCUCCGAAUGUCUACUGGUUCAUUUCUGCCAGAAUCAUUCAAUCACUGGGCGAAUCUCUUGAGCCUUUGACCUCUGCGAUUGUUCGCGACUGCUACCCAGAUCCGGGUGAAAGGCUGGCAGCCUUGUCAGUGGUUGGAGGAAUGCUUAUGCUUGGGACUGCUGUAGGGCCAGUUCUAGGAGGACUUGUUGCCUCUUUUUGUCAUUGGAGAGUGCCCUUCUUUGUUUUGUCUCUGGCUUGGGCAGGAUUGGCACACUAUGCUGCCGUUUACAUUCAGGAAACCGGCAUUGAUGUCAAAUCUCCACCGAGCUACUGGUAUAGUCUCAAGCGCGUGUUUUGCAAUCAACAACUUUUGAUGUUGCUCCUCGCUGAGUCUUGUAUCCAGUGCGGGUAUUUUACAUUCAAUGCCAACGCCAGCUAUCUCACAGAAGCCGUUUACGGUAAGAGUACUGCAGCAACAUCUGUUCUGAUGGGGAUGAUGACCUUGUGCAGUGGCAUAGGGCUGAUGAUUAUUACGAGAUCGACCAGGCCUGUGUUGUCAACUGCAAAGACAUGGAUGACAGCCUACAGUCUGGGAGCUGGCUUGUUGCUUGCGAUUGCUGCUGUCUUUUGCCCUGACCACUUGUGGGCCUUCCUAGGCAGCUCCUUUUUGAUGGGGCACCUCCUGCGGAAGGAGACACCUGGUGUCUCAGCUGCGCUGGCUGGGAAGCUCUCGGAAGGGAGCUGUGCAGUCAGGGGACUGCGCAACUACGCCCAGGCCGUGCGCAGCAAUCAGCAGGCUGCCUCCCGCCGACGAGAAGCGGAAGAGCCUCCUCGCGAGAACGAACGGCCAAGCCUGAAAAGGCGCAAGCCUGAGCAGGUGGACAACGAGCUGGGAGCUGCAGCGAAGCGUCUUCCGGACGCAGCCAAGAAGGAGUUCUCCAGUUCGGGAGAAUUUGAGGAGGAGUCUGAGGAGGAGGCCCCAGACAAUACACUUGCCCCCCUGGCUGGCCGUGACGCCCGUCGACCGCCUGAGCCGGACGGGCCCCCGCCUUCGCACCGGAAGGAGGGCGACAAUCGACGCGAUCGACAUCGAGGUCACCAAGGACACAAGGCACAUCGAGGAGGUCAGCAGUUGGCGAACAAGGGAUCAAAGCCGCGACACCGAGCCGGGCGAAAGCACCAACGGCUGGGUAGGCUAGAGUUCGAUCCCACCGCAAAGGUACACAGAAAGCUUUCGAACCACUUCCUGGACACGCUCUCCACCGACGCAGGUGGAAGCCGAAACCUGGGCUCCAUUCUUGGUGUUGGAGGUUGCACUCCAACAUUGUCCAUGGAGGUGAAGUUCCUUGGAGGCUGUUCAUCCGAGAUCAACAAGGAGAUGUCGGCUCGGUUCAACAGGAGGACAGGCCGUAUUCACCUGUGCGGGACAACUCCGUGCCUAGAGGAAGAGGCUGGAAGUCUCCAUGUCACAAGGUUUGUUUGGCAUUCGCUCCAUGGGGCAGAAGGCUGGCUGACAACAAGAGCCGUGCGCACUGCCACCAACUGGCUACAAGGAGCAAACGACACAGACGAGGGUGCAGGCCUGGAAGAACCAGGCCAUUUGGUCGAGAAUUUGGACGAGGAAGGUCGCAAGGAGUCGGGGAAGGAGCGCGCCGGUGUUCGCCGAAGCGCACUUCGACAGCCCCGAAAGGCUCACAAGAGCACAACGGAGGAGGCAGAUGCCGCGUCCAAGGAGGUCAAGGAGGUCGAGAACACCCUGCAGCCUUUCAAGAAGAGCGCCGCUCGCCCUGCAGCCCCCAAGCCAGGUUCUGUCCCUGCAGCUUCCAAACCCACCGGCAAUGGCGUUGGAAGUGGGCCUGGGUCCAAGGCGGCAUUAGAUCCAGCAAAGGUACAGAGGAGGGAGCUCUUCAAGACCCAAGAGGAGAUCGAGGAGUUCUUCGAAGCGCAAGGAGCAGAGUUGGAAGCACCUUUGAGGAAGAGGUCACAGAAACACCCGGGCUCGGUCCUGAACUUGUUGCUGGAGCAUAUUGCAGAUCAACUUCAACAGUCCGCGGAGGUGGACACUCCAGCAGCUUUGAAGGGGGACUUGACCUCGGGAGUGAAGGUAGUGUCAUACUUGGCCCUGACCAUUCGCCCGCAGUUUGGACAUCGACCCAAAGAACUACGGGAGAUGCACAACCUCGCCACGAGCAUCGACUUGUUGAGGCAGGGCCAGCUGGCCCGGCUCGGGGACGUGCUGGCCGGAAGGCUCAUCGCCAUACACCAGUGGCUUUUAGACGCUUCUUGGUCAUCGGCAAGGCAUCUCGAAGUCAUGCCCAUGCCCGAGGGCACCGCUCUAAGCGAUGGAGUACUUUUGGCGGCCAGGAAGCACGGACGACAAGUCAGCCGAGCUCAGGAUCCGACCCUGGGCUGGCCACCGGUCGCUUCGAUUGGCGGGGCGAUCUUCCCUUUGCCCCUUGGGGCUCUUGAUGCUUGUGAGGGCGCCUUGCGUGCCGCCUCACUGGAACAUGUUGUGACGCCCGGUUUCGUGGAGCGCUGGCAGAACGACGCCUGGCGCCUAUGCGCAACUGUGGGACUCAACUCCAUGCGAGGACGGCUCCAGCCGCUGGCGAUGAGCGCGUCGAACAAGAUGCAAACUCGCGCCGCGGCCGCCACCCUAGCGUCAGUGCAGCGCUUUCUCCGUUUAGGAGUGAGCUAA